AUGGCCGCCGCGCCAGUCGCGCUGCCCUUCCUCCUGCUGACGGCGCUCGCCGCCGCCGCCGCGGCGGUCGCGAGCGCAACCACCGUCGCCUACAACGACCGUGCGGUGGUCAUCGACGGCCAGCGCCGCAUCAUCCUAUCGGGGUCCAUCCAUUACCCCAGGAGCACGCCACAGAUGUGGCCCGAUCUCAUCAACAAGGCUAAGGAAGGCGGCCUCAACACCAUCGAAACGUACGUCUUCUGGAACGGCCACGAGCCGCGCCGCCGCCAGUACAACUUUGAGGGAAACUACGACAUCGUCAGGUUCUUCAAAGAGAUUCAGAACGCUGGAAUGCACGCUAUUCUUCGCAUUGGUCCCUACAUCUGCGGGGAAUGGAACUAUGGAGGCCUUCCUGCAUGGCUGCGUGACAUCCCCGGAAUGCAGUUCAGGUUGCACAAUGAUCCCUUUGAGCGUGAGAUGGAGACCUUCACCACCCUCAUUGUCAACAAGAUGAAGGAAGCCAACAUGUUCGCAGGACAGGGAGGCCCAAUCAUCCUUGCUCAGAUCGAGAACGAGUAUGGAAACAUCAUGGGACAACUGAAGAAUAACCAGUCUGCCUCGCAAUACAUCCACUGGUGUGCCGACAUGGCUAAUAAGCAAAAGGUUGGUGUCCCCUGGAUCAUGUGCCAGCAGGACAACGAUGUGCCACACAACGUGAUCAACACCUGCAAUGGUUUCUAUUGCCACGAUUGGUUCCCGAACAGGACCGGCGUUCCCAAGAUAUGGACAGAAAACUGGACUGGCUGGUUCAAAGCUUGGGAUAAGCCGGAUUUCCAUAGAACUGCUGAGGACAUUGCUUUCGCGGUCGCCAUGUUCUUCCAGAAGCGUGGAUCGGUCCAUAACUACUACAUGUACCAUGGAGGAACCAAUUUCGGACGCACUUCUGGUGGCCCUUACAUCACAACAAGCUAUGACUACGAUGCGCCUUUGGACGAGUAUGGUAACAUUAGGCAGCCCAAAUACGGGCACCUGAAGGAUCUCCACAACUUGCUCAAGUCCAUGGAGAAAAUCCUUGUCCAUGGGGAGUACAAUGACACAAGUUAUGGCAAGAAUGUCACUGUCACCAAGUACACCUAUGGCGGUUCGUCAGUUUGCUUCAUCAACAACCAGUUCGAUGACAGGGAUGUGAACGUGACCCUCGCCGGAACUCACCUCGUUCCGGCAUGGUCCGUCAGCAUCUUGCCGGACUGCAAGAAUGUUGCCUACAACACGGCAAAGAUCAAGGUGCAGACAUCGGUGAUGGUGAAGAAGGCCAACUCGGUGGAGAAGGAGCCGGAGGCCCUGAGAUGGUCGUGGAUGCCUGAGAACCUCAAGCCCUUCAUGACGGACGACCAUGGCAGCUUCAGGCAGACCGGGCUCUUGGAGCAGAUCUCCACAUCCACUGAUCAGAGCGACUACUUGUGGUACAGGACAAGCCUUGAGCACAAGGGAGAGGGGAGUUACACGCUGUACGUGAACACAACUGGCCAUGAGAUGUACGCUUUUGUCAACGGAAAGCUUGUCGGGCAAAACCACUCGGCCAACGGAGCGUUCGUCUUCCAGCUCCAGUCUCCGGUGAAACUCCAGUCCGGGAAGAACUACGUUUCUCUCCUCAGCGGCACCGUCGGCCUCAAGAACUACGGACCAUUGUUUGAGCUUGUGCCGGCGGGCAUCGUCGGAGGACCGGUAAAGCUUUUGGGGGCAAACGGCACCGCCAUUGAUCUUACAAAUAGCUCUUGGUCUUACAAGUCUGGGUUGGCCGGUGAGCACAGGCAAAUCCACCUGGACAAGCCCGGCUCCAACUCCAAGUGGUGGAGCCACAACGGCAGCAUCCCCGUGAACCGGCCCUUCACGUGGUACAAGACCACCUUCGCGGCUCCCGCGGGCGAGGACGCCGUGGUGGUGGACCUGCUGGGCCUGAACAAGGGCGCGGCGUGGGUGAACGGCAACAGCCUGGGCCGCUACUGGCCGUCGUACACCGCCGCGGAGAUGGGCGGGUGCCACGUCUGCGACUACCGUGGCAAGUUCAAAGCCGAGGGCGACGGCAUCCGGUGCCUGACGGGGUGCGGCGAGCCGUCGCAGCGGUUCUACCACGUGCCCCGCUCCUUCCUCCGCGCCGGCGAGCCCAACACGCUGGUGCUCUUCGAGGAGGCCGGCGGCGACCCGGCGCGCGCCGCGUUCCACACCGUCGCCGUGGGACCCGUGUGCGUGGCGGCCGCCGAGGUCGGGGACGACGUCACGCUGUCGUGCGGCGGCGGCGCGUCGUCGCCAGCGUCGACGUGGCCAGCUUCGGCGUCACCCGGGGCCGAUGCGGCGCCUACCAGGGCGGCUGCGAGUCCAAGGCCGCGCUCAAGGCGUUCACGGACGCGUGCGUCGGCAGGGAGUCGUGCACGGUCAAGUACACGCCCGCGUUCGCCGGCCCAGCGUGCGAGUCAGGCAAGCUCACCGUGCAGGCCACCUGCUGAUACCUUACUAUGA